AUGUUUGAAUUCGUCUAUGAACUGUUCGAUCUGAAAAUGCUUUUGGUCACCGCUUUUCUGGGUGCCAUAUACGCGUACUCCACAUGGACCCACAGCCAUUGGUCCAAGCUGGGCAUAUCCAGUCCGUCGCCGCCGGUGCCGUUGUUCGGGCACGCGAUGCCCUCCAUGUUGGGACAGAUGCACUUCAUGGAUGUGUUGCACAACCUUUACAAGGAUCUGGGUGACCAGAGGUUUGGUGGAAUUUACACAAUGCGAACACCACAGCUCCUCGUCAAAGACCCAGAACUAAUAGGACACAUACUGAUCAAAGACUUCAACAAUUUCACGGACCGCGGAUUAUACGCUGGCACACACACAAACCCGCUCAACAAUAAUAUAUUCUUCACACGAGGUGAAAGGUGGAAAACGAUGCGGCAAAAGCUCAGUCCCACGUUCACUGCCAACAAACUGAAGUACAUGAACGAACAGGUGAAGGAGUGCAGUGACGGUCUGCUGUCGACCAUUGGAAAGAACCUGGACGACGACGCCGGUCGAAUCGAAAUCCGCGAGAUGAUGGCCAAAUACUCGACCGACGUGAUCGGCAGCUGCGCGUUUGGCCUGAAGCUGGACGCCAUCAACGAUCCGGACUCGGAGUUCCGGAAGCACGGGAAAACCGUUUUUCAACCGUCGCUGAGGUCCAAGAUCCGAGUGGCGAUCAUAUUCAUGCAGCCGUCACUGCUGAGCAUUUUCCGCGUGCAUCACUACUCGCACCGCACCAUCCGAUUCUUCCACGACGCUUUCCAGCAGACAAUCGAAUACCGAGAGAAGCACAACGAAGACCGCAAAGACUUUGUGCAGCAUCUGAUGAAGGCCAGAGAAGAUCUGGUGUUGAACCCGAAUCUAAAACCCGAAGAAAAAUUCACUGAAAUGGAUAUUGUAGCAAACGCAUAUAUUCUUUUCAUCGCCGGUUUUGAAACAGUAUCUACAUCAAUGAGCUUUUGUAUGUAUGAAUUAGCAUUAAGAAAAGAUGUCCAAGAUAAAGUUCGAAAAGAAAUAUUGGAAGUUAAAGCUAAGUACAAUGGACAAAUGAAUAGUGAAUGCCUUAACGAACUUCAUUAUAUGGGCAUGGUUAUUAAAGAAACAUUGAGAAAAUAUCCUCCAUUAGUGACAUUAAAUCGAGUUGUAACUAAGCCGUAUGUAAUACCAGGAACACAAAUCAAGUUAAAAAUAGGUACUAAAAUUGUCGUUCCAGUACAUGCCAUUCACUACGAUCCAAAAUACUACUCUGAUCCAGAGGCUUUUGAACCAGAUCGUUUUUCAGACGAAAACAUACAUAAUAUACAGCCUAACACAUACAUGCCUUUCGGAGACGGUCCUAGAUUUUGUAUUGGCAAACGAUUUGCUGAAUUUGAAAUGAAAAUGGCUUUGUCCGAAGUGUUAACCAACUACGAAGUGAUGGCAUGUGAUAAAACCCAAAUUCCGAUAAAAUAUGUUAUCGGAAGUUUUGUGAAUAUACCUGAAAGCGUUUGGUUAAAAUUUAGGAAAAUAAAUACUUAA